ACUCUGUCAGACUGGUCAACAGCACUGGUCUGUGUUCAGGCAGACUGGAGGUGAAGUCUGAGCAGCGCUGGUCCCCAGUGUGUGAGGAUGACUUGGACCUGCAGGGUGCUCAGGUGGUCUGCAGGGAGCUGGGCUGUGGGGCUCCUUCAGUCUUCAAGGGGGGAAUGUUUGGAGGAGUGGAGGCUCCGUUCUGGACCAGAGACUUCCAGUGUAAAGGUAACGAGUCUGCUCUCCUGGACUGUGGAGGAUCUGGCUCAGCUAGAAACACGUGCUCACCUGAUCCAGAUCAUAUCAGGCUGGUGGGAGAGCCCAGCCAGUGUGCAGGAACACUGGAGAUGAAACACCUGGAAGAGUGGAGACCUUUGGUAGAGAAGGGUUCUGGCUGGGACCAGAGAGGUUCCUGUGUCCAGACAACGUCUUCUCUAUUGGAGUGUGUACAUCAUGGAUCUUAUUAUAACGGCGGGGGCUUUGAGGUGAUCUGCUCAGAUUUGCUUGAAAAGCCAAACAUCACCUUCUCCUUCUCUACUGACGGGGUCUCUGAGGCCAUGCCGCAGGGCUACCAGGCCCUCAUUGGCACUAGCUUCAACAUCACAUGCUCCAUCAGACCUCAGUAUGAAGGAGGAGAUUUCCAGCUCAUCUUCUCUGACUCCAUCACAACACAGAGCUACACCCAGACAGCUGUCAACCAUUCUGCCCACUUCCUGUUUCCUCCUGCAAAGCAGAGCCACAGAGGGCAGUACAGCUGUGUUUAUCACCUCCAUGUUCUCUCCCAGAACUUCUCCUCAGAGAGCCAGACUCUUUCUCUCGCUGUUGGAGCCUCUCUGAGAGACCUGAUCAUCAGAUGUGUGGUCCUGCUUGGCGGUCUGCUGAUAUACGACACUGCCCUCUACUGCUGCUAUAAGGUCAAAACCAGACAGAUCCCCAGGGACUACUGA